UUAUGAAACGUCAACAUGAUCGUGAUGGAAUUUGUUAAUCAAAUUGAAAUAUUCCACUAAAUUGUGUAUUAUAAAUGUUAAUAAGUGUUUGUUUAAUCAAAAAUUACACAAGUGAGUUGUAUCAGUACAAGAAGUGCAGUGCAAAUAUGUAGUUAAGCUGACGAUCCCGCGCAGCAACGUAGUUUUCUAAGUGUUGAUAGUUCUCAGCUGUACUUGAAGUAAAAGGCAGAAUGUCGCUCCCUGGAAAUGGAAUCUUCGUGGUGCAGGGGGAGAUGGCGAUGCUGGUCACGGCGAUGCGGCGGAGCACUCGCUGGGGCUCGCAUUCCUUCCCUAAUGAGGAAUACGACGUCCUUAUGCGUACCUUUCAAGAUCUCAAAACUAUACUGAACCAAGUGGAUGACCUGAGAUUGCUGGACCCUCCGACGUAUCUGGGCCCGUUUCUAGAAGUUAUUAGAAGCAAAGAGACAACAGGCCCUGUGACUAGCCUUGCUCUGUCUGCUAUAAACAAGUUUUUAUCAUAUGGAUUGAUAGAUCCGACGCAUCCCAGUGUGCCAGCCACCGUGGAAGACAUCGCUGACGCGGUUACACACGCACGGUUUGUCGGCACAGACCAUUCGUCCGACGGUGUUGUGCUUAUGAAAAUAUUACAGGUUUUGCGCACACUAAUGCUGAGUCCGGAAGGCGCCAUGCUGACAGAUGACAGUGUAUGCGAGAUCAUGCUGAGCUGUUUCCGCAUCUGCUUCGAAACCAGACUCACAGAGCUCCUCCGCCGCAACGCGGAGCAAUGUCUCCGCGACAUGACGCAGCUCAUCUUCAUGCGGCUGCCGCAGUUCCCCGCCGAAGACAAUGCCGCUUUUGCAGCUGCCGCACUCUCGCUAAAUAAGAGAGACAAGCCUAAGAAGAAGAUUACUUCGGCUAAUAGUACUAACUCACUGGAAAGGAAGUCUUCAAUGACAGAACCUACUAGCCCGACUAUUGACCCAGAAACGGACGCGGAAGCUAAAAAGGCUGACAGUCUGCGAAAUAGCCAAGACAAAAACCUAAUAAACGAAGCGGAAAUAACAAUAGAGCCUGUGGAAUCGAUCAAGAGCCCUAAGAAACAUACACGCCACUCCUCUAUGGAUCUGGCGACCACAGAUAAUUCGUCUAUAGCCCAACUUGUGGAGAAGUGUGUCAAUGCUGAUGAGACAGAGACAGAGAGACCGGUGGAGGAACCUGCAGAAGUCCUACCCCCAGAGUCAGACCCCGACGGCACAACUACUUCUAAACCAGCCGAAGAAUCAGAAAAACUGGAAGAAUACGUGAACCACCGAGGAAUACGAUUCACGCAGCAAGACGAGGCUCUAGACCUACAGCCUUAUGGGCUAGCUUGCGUUCGAGAGGUUUUUAGGUUCAUAAUAUCCCUAUGCAACCCCCUGGACACCCAAAAUACGUCCGGUAUGGUUCACCUUGGGCUUAGUCUAGCUGGCACAGCUUUAGAGGUGGGCGCUGACCAGUUGGCUCGGUACCCUUCGCUUUUGUACUUGGUGAAGGAUCCACUCUGUAGGAAUCUGCUUAGUUUGCUGAGCACAGAACGGAUAUCUAUAUUCGCCUUGGACCUCCAAAUAACCUUCCUACUCUUCGAGGCCCUUCGAUUCCACCUCAAAUUCCAAAUGGAGGCCUUCUUCAAAAAAGUCAUAGAAAUUGUCUCAAUGGACGUCUCUAAAGCGAACUACGAACUUAAAGAAAUACAGCAUCUGACCUUAGAAAGCUUAGCACAGAUAUUCAGAAUACCAGGAAUUUGUAACGAGUUAUAUUUAAACUAUGACUGCGAUAUAUACUGUAUGAAUGUGUUUGAAGAAAUGACUAAAUUAUUAUCAAAGAAUGUUGUAUCGGCAACGGCUUAUAAUAUACAUACGUUGUCUUUGGAGGCGCUGAUGACUAUAAUAGAAGCUAUUGAAAUGAGUAAUCCGAAGGAGAGUGAGACGGAAGUUGUGGUUGAAGAGGAGGAAAAAGAAAGGAAAUGCGGUCACGUUAGCUUAGAAUUAGGCGGUAUGGAGGACUCCGCGAGUGACGUAACUCAUGACAUAAGUCAGUAUUUCGGCUGCGGUCGGACCGAGCGGCAUAAGAUAGUGUCAGAUGUGCCUUCAGAAGCUGAGUUGGACAACAUUAGGAAUAUGAAAAAGUGGGUGACGCAAGGCACGGAACUCUUCAACCAGAAACCAGAGCGAGGCAUCGAAUAUUUACAAGAACACGGAGUCCUGAAAACACCCCUGGAGCCUGAAGAAGUAGCGCUUUUCCUAAGAGAAAACCCGGAUUUGGAUAAGAAAAUGAUUGGUGAAUACAUCUGCAAGCGUUCAUCCCGCGACGAGGAUGACGGCUACAGUGUCCUCGGAGCCUUCGCAUGCAGCUUCGACUACUCCGGGCUCCGCAUCGACCAGGCGCUCCGGCUGUACCUGGAGACCUUCCGUCUGCCGGGGGAGGCGCCGCUAAUCUUUCUGGUUAUGGAGCGCUUCGCUGAACGCUGGCAUACCACAAACGGCGAGCCAUUCGCCAACACCGACGCAGCCUUCCGCCUAGCCUACGCCGUCAUUAUGCUCAACAUGGACCAACACAACCAUAACGCCAAGAAACUCAACGUACCCAUGACCGUUGAGGAUUUCGUCAAGAACCUAAGAGGCUGUAACGGUACUGGGGACUUCGACCAGUCUAUGCUUGAAGCCAUUUUUCAUUCUAUCAAGAACGAAGAAAUGGUGAUGCCAGCGGAACGCGUCGGUCCCGUCCGCGACGCGUAUCUCUGGCGCGUGCUACAGCGCCGCGGCAACACGCCCGCCGGCCGCUACCGCGCCGGACACACCGCGAGGCUGCUGCCCGUCGCCGCGCCUCCACAGAUAACUGCGCUCUCAGCGGCCUUCGAGCGCUCAUCGCCCCCAUCCACCGACGACAUCCUAAAAAACAACCUGCAGAACGCCGCCAUACUAGCGCUGUGCGGCAUCGAGCGCUGCGCGGCGCUGCUGUCGCGCCUGCCGCCGGGGCCGCCCACGCUGACGCUGGACACGUUGUUGCUGACGCUGUGCAAAUUCACCGCGCUGCUGCCGCCGCAGCCGCAGAUGCAUCAUCAGGCUAUAGGAGUAACACUAGGCCAAUCAACCAAAGCCCAACUAGCGUUACGCCGCGCAUGCGCCGUGGCCGCUCGCCACGCCGACUGCAUCCGUGACGCGUGGCGACAUCUGUUGGAGAUCGUGCACACUUUGUAUCUUGGCAGACUUUUACCUAAGAGCCUAGUAGAAGCGGAGGACUACCUGUCAUCCACUGGCACUGUAUCGCUCAUCCGUGACAUCAACAGAGGCUCAGAAGCUGGAUUACUCUCUAGUAUAUAUUCCUACAUAGCACUUGGAGAAACAGGUAUGCGCGCCCCCACGGCACAUGAGAAGACGCUAAUAGAUGCAGCAACGGAGUGUGUGGAGAAAUGCAAUCUUCCCGGCCUGCUCAUAGCGGAGACCAAGUUCCUGCAGCUAGAAAGUUUGCAGGAAUUGAUUCACGCCAUGGUGACAGUGGGCGCUCCGCCGGAUGCUGAGGCUCUGCAAGCAAACCCGCAGGCCGAAGAUGUAGCCGUUUUCUUCUUGGAGUUAUUAGGACACACACUUAUACAGAAUAGGGACCGCGCCCUCGAAGUAUGGGGCUCGGCGUCCUCCCACUUCACCGUCGUGCUGGCGUGGGCGGCCCGCCGGCCGGCGCCCACGCCGCGCCGCGUGCUCACCACGCUGCUGCGCACCUGCGCGCGCCUCAUGCGCUCCGAGCUGUGCUGCGCGCGCGCACUCCGGCACCUGCACACGCUGUUCCAGCUGCCGCAUACCACCUUCACGACACACGCUACCGUGAUAUCCUGCGGCCUGUACGAGCUGGUCAAAACGUCCGCCCAAAACGUCCACACUGCAGAAGAAUGGGAGAUUGUGUUCUCUCUCCUCUGUGCCGCCGGUGCUGGCGCUUGGCCCGCGCACAUAGCCCCUUCUGCUAAUAACACUGCUUCGAGUCGAUCUGAAGGCUCCGAGGAAGAGGGAGAGAGACGGCCUACAUCGGCCUCGUCUGACAGCGAAUUGUCUCAAUCGCCACGCGCUCACGGAUGGAUAUUGGUGAAAAACGAAACUACCACCCCCGACACAGACUUCGACACAGAGCAGCUAACAUUCCUCCCGUACAAGCGCGCCGCGCUGGCGCGUUGUUGCGAGGCGCUCGCCCUCGUGGUGCGCGACGUGGCGCAUGUGACACCCCACAACUGCCGCGCCGCCGUGCGCGCUGUCAGGAUAUUCGCGCACGCCACUUUAACUAGAGCUAAAAAGCAGAAGGCCCGCGAAGGCCUAAAGCGACCUAGCUCCGCGCGCCGAGGAAGUUACGAACAUAGCAGCGAAGAAGAGGACGACACACAGGACCAAUACCACAUGGUCAGUUUGCAGCUUUUAGACCUAAUGCACACGCUACACAGUCGUACAGCGCAAAUAUUCAAGUGGUGGCGAGACGAGGCCGACCAGGAGCAAGGUGCUGAGGAAUACGACCUAUGGGAAGUGGCGUGGAAGCCUUUGUUGCAAGGCAUAGCCGAAUUUUGUACAGACAGAAGGAAACAAGUGGCGAACAGCGCUAUAGCGUACCUCCAGCGAGCGCUGCUAGCGCCCGGCCUGCACGCGCUGGGCGGCGCGCGCUGGGAGGCGUGCUUCGCCGCGGUGCUGUUCCCGCUGCUGGCCGCGGUGGCGCCCCAGCACGCCAGCCGCGCCAACACUAUACUGUGCAAGGUGUUCCUGCACCACCUCUCCGCCUUAUCACCACGACCAACAUUCGGCGCGCUCUGGCUCCGCAUAGUGUCCGUACAGCGGACCCUAAUAUCGACCCCCUUGGACCCCCUCACCGAAGCGGCGCUCGAGUCCCUCAAAAACAUGAUACUGGUCAUGCACUCAGUGCGGAUAUUUACAACCACGGACGGCUACAACGACCUGUGGUACAUCACGUGGGAGAAAAUAGGAGAAUUCCUGCCUAACCUGAAAGACGAGCUUUUCCCGGAAGCAAAAGACACCAAACCUACACAACUUCCUCCCUCCUCUCCCACCAUCCCCCAAAACCCGCUCCAAACCCCAUCCCCGACUCAAUCGCCAACGCUCCAGUCUUCAUCACCCACUCUCCAGUCUUCGGCAUUGAACGGGGCUCCACAACUGGUCGCGCCGGUACCGGUGAUGCCAGUCAGUGGCAUGGUACCUAUAAGGAACCCGCUGUAUGAUCAGACUGGUCUCAGCGCUUCGGUGUUAUUACAGCCUUUGAAUGAGAUGGUCUCCACACCGAUAGGAAUAUCCCUUCAGUCACAAAUACCAACUCUCUACCGCGCCCCCGAGCAAAUACCACAACCACAAGCGGUACCACAACAGGUACCAGUUCAGCAAGUACUCCAUUCGGUACCAUUAACACAAGUUUUGUCACACCCGAUACCACCGGUACCACUGCCUCAACCACCACCCCAACCGGUACCGGUACCACAACAAGUACCCUCCAAUCCGGUACCACCUCAAGUACAAACUCCAAAUGACCCAAAACCAUCCAUAAUCGACUUAAACUACGACAUAAUCGAAGUAUCCAAAUUAAAACAGAGCGAACUAUUCGCCGAAUACAUGACCAACCCUUACAACGACACCACAAUAUCCCCUAAAGAGGCAACUAUAUACGACCCUGAGGAUCCAAAACCGCUCUUAGACAAGAAAUCACUAAGCGCAAAUGCGACCCCUAUGCAUGUAAAGAAUAAAGCUCAAUUUGGCUCAACAGACAAUGUGACAGAGAGUUUUAAUUUCACGAGUUACUUCGGUUCUGUGAAUGAGUUGGUAACGCCGGGGUCCGAGGUGUUUGACAGUUUGACUGGAGACGGAUAGCUCGAGGACUUUGGGACUUGGUUGUAAAUAGCUCAGAGCUCAGUUUAUGCCAUUUUCGAUUUAGUAUGUUCGGUUUAUGGUCUAUUUUUGUUUGGCGAUUUAAAUUAUGUUUUGACUAGUCUGUAUUACAAUUGUUUUGUGCAAUAACUUCUUGGAAAAUAACUUGACAAGUAUAACAAUGGAUUCACAUUUUGUGUAAAUUAUCUAUUUAUUAUUGAUUUGUAUUCAUGUUUGGAACCUAGAUUAACAAUGCACUAAAGUCAUAAUUUAUAAUGACUUAAAAACAUGUUUUUUAAAAAUAAUAAUAAAAAAAUACGAGAGCUCUGUUAUUAGUUAAUGACUAAACUCGAGGCAUGACUUUUGUAAACCGUAAUCAUGAUGUAAAUAAAAUGGAAUCCGAAUUUUGUUAUUUAUGUAAUAAAGUUAGUUUUGGUUGCUGUUGACUUGUUUCUGUAAAAUAUUAUUUAAUUUGGAUGAAACUGCUAAGUGUGGUUUAAUAUUCGACCUCACCUAAUGGUAAUAAAGUCUUUAUUUGUUGAUGAGUUUACAAAAGUUGUGCUUCCUAGCAAUAUCUAAUCGUUAUUAGAAUAGUUGGGUACUUGUGACUCCGGCCUAGCAUAAAUCUAUGUAUUUACAUUUCUUUAUAAUAUUUACAUUCCAAGUACUGUUUUUAUUUUGUUUUAUUAUUUAUUUAAAGCUAUUAGAACUAGAAAAAUACCUAAAACGAUAGCCGUAACGUCAUUGUAUAUGUAUAGUCAAGUGUUUUUGUGAAAAAUUAAUUGUAUCAACUUAAGCGGCAAUGUUUUAAGGUGCAUUUCCAUACUUGGGCUGAUUUAUAUUUUGUUGGAGUUUUUUCCCGUCACAUAUAUGUGCCGUUUUCAACCAAAAGGGGAACUUAUUGUCGGUUUUAAUAUGAUUAUUUUCAAGCUUUAAUUUGAAAUCAACCUUAU